AUGCCGCCUGCGCCCCUCACCUCUAUGGAAGGGACUGUCAAUGAAACAAACUGGAGUGUUUCCGUGCCUGCUGGAAGCAGGUAUCACCUCUACAUUGGCUUGGCUUUGGCAAUAGGUUCCAGUAUCUUUAAUGGUUCUAGUUUCAUACUGAAGAAAAAAGGACUUUUGAAACUGGCAGACAGAGGAGUCACCCGAGCUGGACAAGGUGGAUAUUCUUAUUUGAAGGAAUGGCUUUGGUGGGCUGGACUGCUAUCAAUGGGAUUAGGAGAAGCUGUAAACUUUGCUGCCUAUGCGUUUGCACCUGCAACCUUAGUUACCCCACUGGGUGCACUGAGUGUUCUCAUAAGUGCUAUAUUGUCAUCCUAUUUUUUAAAAGAGAAGCUGAAUAUUCACGGAAAGCUGGGCUGUGUACUGAGCAUUUUGGGGUCAACAGUCAUGGUUAUUCACGCCCCAGAGGAGGAAGAGGUCACCUCACUAGAUGAAAUGGAAAGAAAGCUGCAAGAUCCAGCAUUUGUCACGUUUGCUGUUCUCAUAACAGUUGUUGCCAUUGUCCUGAUUUUUGUCGUGGCUCCGAAGAGAGGUCAGACAAACGUAUUGAUCUACAUUUUAAUUUGCUCGCUUAUUGGUGCCUUCUCUGUCUCAUCUGUGAAAGGCCUGGGCAUUGCCAUUAAACAAAUGCUGGAGCAGAAGCCAGUUUAUCGGCAUCCGCUGGUUUACAUUUUGGUGGGCAUCUUGGUGCUCUCAGUCAGCACUCAGAUCAACUAUCUCAACAAAGCAUUGGACGUGUUCAAUACAUCUCUAGUGACACCUAUUUAUUACGUGUGUUUCACUACGACAGUUGUGACAUGCUCCAUCAUCUUGUUCAAGGAGUGGAAUAGUAUGCAACUGGGUGAUAUCAUUGGAACCCUGAGUGGAUUCUGCAGUAUCCUUAUUGGCAUUUUCCUAUUGCAUGCUUUCAAAAAUACUAACAUCACUUGGAAGCAGUUAAUGUCCACUGUGGCCAAAGAACCAUCACUACCACACCGUAAAUACGAAACCCGUGACACUUUACUAGAGAACAUGGAAGAUCCAGCUUUGGCAUAUGAGGAGGACGACAUUUUAUUCAGUCAAUGAAACUCUCUAAG